AUCUUCUGCUCAUCGAUCGUCGUCAGUCUACGGCAGGACUCGAAGCAGUUCGAAAGUGUUUUUUUUUUGUCUCGUUCGCCGUUGGAAACCUGCUUGAUUAGUAGUGAUAAGUGUAUUCUGAAGCCAUCUCUGGAAUGCUGCGCCUCGUGUUUCUGUGCGUGGUGACUUUCGCGGUCCUGACCUGCGGUCAGCGACAGGUCGAAGAGGUCCUCAAAUGGCAACAGGUGGAGUUCGAUGCCCCCGCAAGUGUUCUUUCCGCACCCGAUGGGUACAUUCCGAUUAACAAUAUCCCGAUGAGUGGUGUCCACUAUAAGAAUCGGGUUUUCGUAACGGUUCCACGUCGGCGAUGGGGUAUCCCGUCAACGUUGAACGUCGUGGAGGUCGAGCCACCGUACCCGGUAACGAACCCGGUCCUGAAGCCGUAUCCGAGCUUUGAGCUUAACGAACUUCGGGCCGACCUGCAACCCGAUGCCAACCGGUUGGUCACCGUCUACCGACCUCGUGUCGAUCGUUGCGAUCGUCUCUGGUUCGUCGAUACCGGCAUGAUGGAAAUCCCCGGAAACUUCACCGUCGUACAGCGCCCCUCGAUCUGGUCCAUCGAUCUGACGACCAACCAACCGCUCAGCCGGUACGAAAUCCCCCAGAAGGACGUUGAAACCGGCUAUGGUCUCACCUCGAUCACGCUGGACGUCGACCCGGACGACUGCUCGAAGGUGUUCGUGUACAUCUCCGAUCUGCAGACCUACCGCAUGGUGGUGUACGACCACGUGAACCAGAGGUCCUGGCGCUUCCUGCACAACUACUUCUUCCUGAACCCUCUGGAGGGUGACUUCAACAUCCAGGGCAUUCCGUUCGCUUGGGACGAUGGUAUUUUCUCGAUCGCUUUGAGCAACCCCGAUCCGGUAACGAAAUUCCGCACGGCUUACUUCCACGCUCUGUCCAGUAAUUCGGAGUUUACGGUUUCGACGGAGGUGCUGCGCAACGAAACUGCCUCGAAGCGAGGAUAUCAUGGUGAUGACUUCAAACUGCUGGGAUAUCGCGGAGCUCAGUCGCAGUCCAGUAUUCAUGGAUUCCAUCCGGAGACGGGAGUGAUUUUCUUCGCUCUUAUUCAGCUGAACGCCGUCAGCUGUUGGGACACCAGAAAACCCUUCGCUCCGCAGAACAUGGCUAUCGUGUAUAAGAACGAUAAGGACAUUAUCUACCCCAAUGAUCUAUCGAUCGACCAGGAAGGAAACGUCUGGUUUAUGUCUAACUCGAUCAUCAAGUUGCUGUACACUCAGCUGAGCCUGGAGGAGUUCAACUUCCACAUCUGGCGUGCCAACAUUAAGGAAAUCAUCAAGGGUACCGUUUGCGAUCCGGCCGUGCCGCCCAAUGUCGAUCAUGGACAACGCUUCGGAGGGGAACAGAAUGCCGAUCGUGUGACCUUCGUGGAGUAUAAGGACAAAUACGGCCCAGGUGGUGGCCCGUACGGUGGCUGGGGAGCUGACGACAAGCGGAAGCCUCCAGGACGCCGACCUUGAAGAGAGGGACGAGGCGAUCGGAACGAUCUAAUGAGACAAUAUAUAACAUUAUACGAUAGACGAUAGUGAAAAAGAAUACUCGGACAUUAAAUAAAUAUGUUUUAAAACGACAAAUGAAUGUUAUCAUCACAUUCACAUAAGUUUUU